AGAGACCGAGGUGUGACAGGAAGAAAAGAACGAAAGCGGCAGAAAAGACGGGUGUUGUACCGUACAUGUGCACUCCAAAAUGCAAUAAAACGGCAACAAAAAGAAAAAUGAUAGCAGAGGAAAGAGUGAACACACACAACUGUGCAAGCUCUUUCUUUGAAACAGAGACAUGGAUCAAAAGGGUGACACCAAAAUGGGCAAUUAGCAUCGAAUAAACAUACGAUCACAUGAACACGUACAUUAUGUACAGUGGGAUGGAGAGGAACUCACAAAUUCCUUGGCAGGACGACUGCUACAUGGUUCUUAAAUCCACACCAAAAUCAGGAACUCGCAAGAAGAUGGAGGAUGCUGGUUGGUUGCGUAAGAAUCAGAAAUCAUUGCAGCGUUUCAUCACUGACCAGUUACUAGUAGACGUAGUCAACCAGAUGAGGAAGUUGGACGAGCUGAGUGCAGAAGGCGUGGGGAUUAUCAAGGAGGCAGGAUCUUUGGAGGACAAAGUGCAUGCAUUGAUUGAGCUGCUGUUCAGAGGUGAUCCACAGGGCACCGCCCUCCAGACAUACCUGCAGAACUUGCAUCCAGAUGAGUACAACCUCAUAACUCUGCACGACUCUGUUGUUCAGCAACAUAAAGACAGCCUCCUCCAGCAAGUCAGAGAGGACCGUGAGAUUCUUUCCCACCAAGCACCCGAUCAGACCCCUGGCCCUGCCUUAUUACUGGUCGAUGGUGUGUCUGACCUGCAACAGAGAGAGCAUGAUCUCGUUCAAGUGUCGGUCAACAGAGGUGUUGGACCUUUACACGGUCGUCCGCUGGGACUAGAUAAACUCUUCGCUCCACUGACGAGGGUUAGCACUGCCCCUCGCGUCACGCUGACAGUUGGCGUAGCAGGCAGUGGGAAAACCCGAUUGGUCCACAAAUUCAUACGUCACUGGAGUUCAGGGAAGAUAUUCCCAGAGUUGAGCUUGGCAAUUCCUAUUGCCUGUUGGGAACUGAGCAGUCUUGAUCGCUUGUCACUUGAGAGGUUGCUUCGCUUGACCGUUCCAUAUGAUAAUGUUGAUGUGAUUUUGAACAGUCGUGUCUGUAAAGUGCUGUUGAUCUUUGAUGGAUUGGAAGAAUUCCGUUCCCCUCUGGACUUCUCAGAAGCCCCAGCCAUCUCGGAUCCACGUCGGGAAAUUCCAGUAUCCGAUCUCAUCACAAACAUCAUCAGGGGCAACCUGUUACCAGGAGCAUCACUGUGGCUUUUGUCAAGGCCUGGAGUUGGGGCAAAAGUACCUGCAGGAUUGGUGGAUCGUGUGACGGAAGUCCCACCUUUUUUACAUGCUCAAAUUCAAGAUUGCAUCACAAAUGCACACUUGCCAGAGAACUCUUGCACACAAUUCCAGCAGUCCAUUCAGUCGGAUUCUCAAACACAAACAUCAGAGGACAAGUCUUGCCAAGCGUGGGCUCACCUGAGAUCCCAGAAAUCCUUGCUUAUUCUUUGUUCAGUGCCUUGCAUUUGUCGUAUUGUUACAACCACCUUGUCCCACCUUGUAGGGAUGGACUUGGAGGAGAUGCAUUUCCCACGGACUCUGACGGAGGUUUAUGCCCUCUACUGUUGGCCACAUCUCUCUUCUACAGAUCCAUCCAGCGGAAGCAUCCGGAAACCGCUGGGCACUCUUGGACGAUUGGCCUUUUACAGUCUGCUUCGCCAACGUCAUACAUUUAUCGAGACUGAAUUACGAACUUAUGGUGUUGACAUCCCACCACCACCAGGCUCUCUGGGACAUCGGAUCCUUCAACGUGAGCAGAGCUGGUCCUCUGAAUCAGUGUCAUGGCGGUUUGUACACACUUCUGUGCAGGAGUUUCUUGGCGCACUCUUCUACUACGUGUCCUCACGGCGUGGAAUGUUUGAUCUGUUCUCCGAGAGCAGCGUUUCAUGGCCACGAAUUGGCUUCCAAAACCAUUAUCGUGCUGCACUCCAGAAAACUAGCACCUCAACCAAUGGCAAGCUUGACCUCUUCAUGCGCUUCCUCUCUGGCCUAUUGUCCUCAGCCGCCGGAGCUCUGCUGGGCGGGGCUUUGGGAGUAAGCCGAGAAGAGCAGGUGACCCAUCGCACAAUGGCCAUGACUCUGCUUCAAAAUGCAGUGACAGGAUUACGAGGCGAGGCGGUGAGCAUGCGAAGUGUAUCUACGGUCGCUUGCCUGGCAGAACUACAGCAGGGGGAGUGGAUACGCUCUGUGGAGGAGGAUCUGACUGGCUGCAGACUACAGGGGAAGCUUAAGGGUGGGGUUUGUGCAGUGCUGGCAUAUCUGCUGCAAGUUUCAGAGUCGUGUGCCAAUGAGACACACCUCUCAAACUGCCUGGACUCUGCCUCUCUUAAACAACUUCUCCCUCAGCUCCUGUACUGCAGCAAGUUGAGGAUGGAAAAUAAUAAAUUUAAGGAUGAUGCAAUGGAGCUCCUGGGAAGUUUGCUAAGUGCCAAAGACUGUCAUAUUCAAUCACUAAGUAUGGCAGAUAGCUCGAUUAGCAGUAAGGGGAUCAAGCCGCUGAGUCGAGCUCUUCUUGUCAAUCGGACCCUCACCGCACUGGAUCUCCAUGGCAACAACAUUGGCACCAAAGGAGCAAAGACCUUGGCCGAGGCGCUGAAGAUGAACCAGGUUAUCGUGUCCGUCAAUCUUCAAAGCAAUCAGAUCGAAGACGAGGGAGCUCGAGCACUGGCCGAGGUUUUGCAGUCAAACAGGAAACUCACCACACUAAAUGUUCAAAAGAACAGCAUAGGCCCAGAUGGGGUGAAGAGAAUUGCAGAAGCACUCACAAAAAAUCAGAUUUUACAAGACCUCAAUGUAUCUGGCAAUCACUUGGGAGAUAUGGGUGCACUAGCACUGGCUCAAGCACUCGCAGUCAACCAUACACUCCAAACUCUGAGCCUCCAGAGUAACUCUGUGAGUGAUAAGGGUAUGAAGGCGUUGACUCAGGCCCUGCGCUUCAACAAAGGCCUCGCUAAACUCAACCUCAGGGAGAACUCCAUUGGCAUUGAAGGUGCUCGAGCUAUCGCCCGGGCUUUAAAAGAGAACCACACACUGAGGGAACUUGAUCUCACAGCUAAUCUUCUACAUGAUGAAGGUGUGAAAGCCAUCGCAGAAGCAGUGAAGGUCAACAGAGCUCUGAUUUCUUUGCAUCUCCAAUGGAACUUCUUGAAGGCCACUGCAGCUAAAGCUCUCGCUCAGUCCCUACAGGACAACAAGUUCAUCCAGCUCCUGGAUCUCCAGGAAAAUGCUCUGGGUGACGAUGGGGUCAUCUCGCUGGCAGGCGCACUAAAGGCUAACUCAUCUCUCAUGGUGCUCUACCUUCAGGGUGUAUCGGCAGGUGAAGCAGGUGCUGUAGCUCUGGCUGAAGCUCUGACGGUCAACCAAAGCCUCCACACACUUGAUCUCCGUGGUAACGUCAUUGGCAUGGGCGGGGCCAAGGCGCUCUCCAGCGCGCUGAAGACCAAUCGGAGUUUGAGAAGUUUGAAUCUUCAGGAGAACUCUUUGGGAAUGGAUGGAGCCAUCUUCAUCGCCACUGCGCUCAGAGGAAAUCAUCAGCUUACUUAUAUAAAUCUUCAGGGUAACGGAAUCGGCGAGUCGGGAGCGAAGGUCGUUUCGGAUGCAAUACGAGCUGAUGCGCCAGAGUGCGUGGUGGACAUCUGACGAGCGUAUACACACACACACACACACACACGAGAUGCAAGCUGUAUAAAUGAUAACCAUUUAUUUAAUUGUACUGAUUCAUAUUUAUUAUAAUUGGGUACCAGUGCUAGUUCUGUUUCUGACUGUAUUAUAUUAUAUGCUCUAAUGUUUUAUACUGGGGUUUAUAUGUAUUUAAAAAAAAAAAAAAAAUUCAAUAAACAAACA